GGAUCGAGUGCCUCCCACUUUAGAAUAUUUACAAGUGCUCAAAGCAAUUUAUAAUAGACGAGAGAUUCAGGAAUUUAUUUUAUGAUUCAGUGAAAGGUAAGGAGCCGGAUCUCGACUGCGUAUUUAUUACUGACAGAAGGGUGUAAGUUUAGUUUUUGAGAUAAUGUCAUCGACGGUGGAAUCCAAUUAUAAAGACAAAUGCGACGGAAGUGGAAAAAAUAAAUCAAAAAUUUAUUGUCAAUUCUGUCCUUCAGUCAUUCUGAAUCCUGGAAUGGGUACCUUCCUGGUGCACGAGUUCGAUCUUCCACACGUCCGCAGUAAAGGGGAUGAAGGGGUGGAGAGUCAACUGGCAAAAUAUACAGAUUAUUGGUUGAUCGAGGAUAUGUACACAUUCGAAAAUGUCAGUAUAACAAAAACCGUGGGGAACAUCAAGUAUUUAGCCUGUGCAGACUGUGAAAUCGGCCCCAUCGGGUACAUGGACCAGUCCACGAAGAAGUGCUAUGUUGCGUUGUCCAGAGUCACGUACACACACAAGUGUCCGUGAAGACUGGAAUUUUGAAGAUUUUUGUACUAUCGUCAGUGACCGUUGGAAAUGAAAAAAAUUCUGUCACUUCUGGACUCAAAAGUGGGCGACGAGGCGAGGAAAAACCGACACCGGCAGGGAAGCUGGAAAUUUUGUGGAAAUCAUUAGAAUUUAAUUUUUCAACGAGAUUAUACUUGGAAAUAAAGUUUCAAUACAAUUCAGUA